AGGAAAGUGAAACUCGUCAGACAUUCCCUGUUACAGAGCGGUGAAAUGGCGCAGCAAGGAAAUCAGGCAAAGUUCUGCUGUUCGAUCUGUCUGGAUCUGCUGAAGGAUCCGGUGACUAUUCCCUGUGGACACAACUACUGCAUGAGCUGCAUUAAAAGCUUCUGGGAUGAGGAAGAUCAUAAGAAAAUCCACAGCUGCCCUCAGUGCCGCCAGACGUUCAAACCGAGGCCUGUCCUGGUGAAAAACACCUUGUUGGCAGAGUUAGUGGAGGAACUGAAGAAGACUGGACCCCAAGAUGCUCCAGCUGAUCACUGCUAUGCUGGACCUGGAGAUGUGGCCUGUGAUGUCUGCACUGGGAGGAAGCUGAAAGCCCUCACAUCCUGUCUGGUUUGUCUGGCUUCUUACUGUGAGCAGCACCUUCAGCCUCACUAUGAAUCUCCCACUUUUAAAAAACACAAACUCGUCGAGGCUUCUGUUAAACUUCAGGACACCAUCUGCUCUCAUCAUGACGAGGUGAUGAAGAUCUUCUGCCGCACUGAUCAGCAGUGUAUCUGUUAUCUCUGCUCAAUGGAAGAACACAGAGGCCACGACAUGAUCUCUGCUGCAGCAGAAAGGACAGAGAAGCAGAAGGAGCUCAGGAAAAGACGGCAAAAACUUCAGCGGAGAAUCCAGCACCGAGAGAAAGACGUGAAGGAGCUUCAGCAGGAGGUGGAGACGAUCGAUCGCUCCGCUGAUAAAGCAGUGGAGGACAAUGAGAAGAUUUUUACUGAGUUGAUCCGUGUGAUCGAGAAAAGAAGCUCUGAUGUGAAGCAGCAGAUCAGAUCCCUGCAGGAAACUGAAGCGAGUCGGGCCAAAGAGCUUCAGGAGGAGCUGAAGGAGGAGAUCUCUGAGCUGAAGAGGAAAGACGCUGAGCUGGAGCAGCUGGAGCACACAGAGGACCACACCCAGUUUCUCCACAGUUACCCCUCACUGUCACAACUUACUGAGUCUACAGACUCACCGAGACCAAAAACCAACCGUCUGCGGUACUUUGAGGAUGUGAUGGCAGCUGUGACGGCAGCCAGAGAUAAAAUACAGGCCUUUUUGACUGAGACAUGGUUUUUAGUGGAGACCACAACCAGAGCUGACUUAUUAAAAUAUGCAUGUCACAUCACGCUGGAUCCAAACACAGCACACAAAUAUCUGGUUUUAUCAGAGGGGAACAGAAAAAUUAAAUUUGAUGUAAAUAAUUUAGCAUAUUCUCAACAUCCAGACAGAUUCAUUCACAUAUCUCAGGUCUUGAGUAAAGAUGGACUGACUGGACGGUGUUACUGGGAGGUGGAGAUGAGCAGGAAUACUGCAGUAGCAGUCGCUUAUAAGAGUAUUGGCAGAUCAGGGGACUUCAAUGCACAUGUAUUUGGAUACAAUGAGAAGUCUUGGGUAUUAAAUUGUGGCAGUAUCUAUAAAUUCAUACAUGACAACCUUUCAACUGGCAUCUCAGGUCCUAAAUCCUCCAGAAUAGGCGUGUACCUGGAUCACAGUGCAGGUCUUCUGUCUUUCUACAGCGUCACUGAAACCAUGACUCUCCUCCACAGAGUCCAGACCACAUUCACUCAGCCGCUCUAUGCUGGACUGUUUCUUGGUGGUUUUAAUGGAGACACUGCUGAGUUGUGUAAACUCAAGUAGUGAUUAAAGAGGCUGAUCAGAGGUUAGCAUCAAAGACAUGUACUGUAACUUCUGUGGGACAUAAUUGCAGACAUAGUUCACUAGUGGGCAAAGUUUAGCUUUACAGGGACAGUUUAAGUGAUUUGACGCUAGUGGCUGUUUCUAUUUCAAAUCAUGACUCAUAUAUACAUCAAAUUAGGAUUUUUAACCAAAAUGUGAGUUUUUUCUAAAAGGAAUCUCUGACAUUGUUUUAUGUUCAGUUCAGUCAGCUCAGAAAUUAAGUUUUUAGGUUGAGGAUUCAUGCUGAAUCAUUUUAUAACAGAUAUAUAAACCUUUUUAGUACAAAGAUUCUAAAAUGUUUUCAUUUAGAAGACAGUUUCUCUGGAAAGACCAAACUGAACCUUGAACCUGGUAGCUAAAAAGGAUUUUGACAUUAGCUGUGUGAAAAAGUGGUAUUUCUUAUACAGCUCAAAAGCUCGACAUUUCUCUAAGUUCUACUUGGAAAAUAAAGUAAAGAUGACCU